CCCGGAAGCAGCGGCAGAGUCGGCGGCGGAGCGGGGACCAGGCCGGGCGAUGGCUGUGAACCUGAGCCGGAACGGACCGGCGCUGCAGGAGGCGUACCUGAGCGUGGUCACCGAGAAGUCCCCGACCGACUGGGCUCUUUUCACCUACGAAGGCAACAGCAAUGACAUCCGCGUGGCCGGCACUGGGGAGGGCGGCCUGGAGGAGAUGGUGGAGGAGCUCAACAGCGGGAAGGUGAUGUACGCGUUCUGCAGGGUGAAGGACCCCAACUCCGGCCUGCCCAAGUUUGUCCUCGUCAACUGGACGGGCGAGGGCGUGAAUGACGCGAGGAAGGGCGUGUGCGCCAACCACGUCAGCACCAUGGCCAGCUUCCUGAAGGGCGCCCACGUGACCAUCAACGCGAGGGCCGAGGAGGAUGUGGAACCGGAGUGCAUCAUGGAGAAGGUGGCCAGGGCCUCGGGUGCAAACUACACAUUCCACAGAGAGAGCGGCCGCUUCCAGGACACGGGCCCCCAGGCCCCUGUGGGCUCUGUGUACCAGAAGACCAAUGCCGUGUCUGAGAUCAAACGGGUUGGCAAAGACAGCUUCUGGGCCAAAGCCGAGGAGGAGGAGGAGGAGCGCAGGGCCGCGGAGAAGCGCCGGGCGGAGCAGGAGCGGCAGCGGCUGGAGCGGGAGCUGCGGGAGCGGGAGCUGCGGGAGGCCGCCCUCCGGGAGCAGCGCUACCGGGAGCAAGGCCAGAGCAGGAAGUGUGAGCAGCCGGAAGUGGUUUCAAGGGGCAGAGAGGAGCAGGAGCCUGGUCAGCAAUCAGCUCACCCACGGGAGAUUUUCAAGCAGAAGGAGAGAGCCCUGUCCACCACAGCUGUCUCCAGCCCCCAGCCAGGCAAACUGAGGAGCCCCUUCCUGCAGAAGCAGCUCGCCCAGCCUGAGAGCCCCCUCGGCAGGGAGUCCACCCAGGCCGCCGUGAGGCCCCGGGCAGGUCUCUGUGAGGAGCCGGCACCCAGCGCCCCUGCCGUACCAGCACAGGAAGAAGAGGAAGCCGUGUACGAGGAGCCCCCGGAGCAGGAGACCCUCUACGAGGAGCCCCCGGAGCAGGAGGCCCUCUACGAGGAGCCCCCACCGGCGCAGCAGCAAGAUGCUGGCCCCGUGCACGUGGACCACUACCCGGGGCUGAGCGGGAAGGGGCUCUGUGCCCGGGCCCUGUAUGACUACCAGGCAGCUGAUGAGACCGAGAUCUCCUUUGACCCCGAGAACCUCAUCACGGGCAUCGAGGUGAUCGAUGAAGGCUGGUGGCGCGGUUACGGGCCGGAUGGCCACUUUGGCAUGUUUCCUGCCAACUACGUGGAACUCAUUGAGUGAAGGCCUGCGUUCCCCUCCACCCCCGGGGCCUCGUGGCUGGAGGAGGCGGUGUGGCAGCUGCACCCAGCACUCUUCCAGGAAUGGGCCUCGGGCAGCAGUCACCGGGGUCCCCACACGCUUCCAGCAGCCCCCGCAGGCAAGGGCGUCUGCCUUUUUCCUGUUCCUCGCAGCUGCCACUGGGACCUGGGGACCGUGGGCUCGGCAGUUCAUGAGCAGAGGCUGGUCACGGCCGCUUGGGCUGCAGGAGCUGGUCUUUCUAGGUCCUGCUCGGUGCUCCGGCUUCUCUGUCACCCUGCGUGGGCUAUGUGCUGUGGGCGGCGGGACGUGGUCGCCCGAGACCCCCGCUGGGUGUGUGGGAGCCCUCACCCGCUGUCUUCCCUGGGUCCCAGCCUACCGCCGCGCUUGGGGCCGGAAUUG